CUCACUCUCUGACAUGACCCCAGGCCCAGGUACGAGGCUGAGAUUCGUCUUUUUUUCGAGAGCAUACAACAUCGCACUCCCGCCAGCUAGUUUCUUGGUGUAUUUCUUUGCUCCUCUCAUUCUCUGGCCCCAUACUCUCUGUUUUUAUCUCGUUACAUGCCCCCAGUCUGGCGUCAGCAUACGCUUCCAGUGCGGCAACCAUUGGCCCCUCUCGUUGCCGUGGGGAUCUGUGUUGCUCUGACGAAGAGUGCAGAGCGUGCAAAGAAAAAGGCAACCGACCGACCGACGACGACGACUCGGCCCGGCCUCGUGCACUAUCGCUCUCGCUGAUCGCCUUGCCAACGCAUCGCUGCCUGUCGUUGUCGCGCUGAUAAGCACUGCACCCUCUCCUCUUCUCCUCCGCUGACUCUCCGCACACAACGCCACGCUUCUGCCUUCGCUACGCUCAGCAGGAUCGGCAGUAUUUGGACGGGCAUUGCGCAUCCCACCCAUCGUUUGACACUCGCUCGUCGUCUUGGAUGUCAGUAUUGCAGUGCUCUUCGGCUGUUCAAGCUGCUGCGUCCUGCAGAUUUUCGCCAGAGCAUACUCGCUCCUUUGGCUGAGAAGAUCCUUCCGCGAGUCGCCCUCCCCGUGUGCUAAUCUGAGGCUACAAGACUCUCAAAACAAGGAGAGGUCCUGGAAAUAGUGUUUGGCCUGUGUAAGAACCAGAUUGUAAGGUUGAGAGUACGUUUGGCAAGUCAGCACCAUCGAAGGACCACCCUGUGUUCUAAGUGCAAGUAUAUCGGACUCUCCCAGAUCAAUUUCGAGGUAGUCAGAAAACUGUUAGCGGCUUAAGCAAUUAGCUUUUACGUUAUUCUAUCUUUUCAACAACCGCGAUGGAUCAUGACCCUCAUGACCUUACGCAACCGCUGACACAGAAAGUGCUGGAUCCUCGACGGAUUGGACGAAACAAUUCAGGACUCUCAACUGCUGACAUCUCAGAUGUAAUAUGUAUCCUCCACCCAUCCUCCCCGGCGGCGUUUCGGAUCGUGGCGAAGACGGCUAAACUGAAACCCCAACACGUCCUACAGAAUGAGAAGUUCGAGACGUUGGAAAAUGGUGCUGAUGGUAUUCCAUUAGAGGAGCAAGAGACGUUUGUGAUCAGCUCGGAAAUAAUGGAUAAUGCUCAGGACCUUGCUUUGCGAUUCUCCUCUGAGACUGUGCAGCUCGUCCUGGGGUUCUGCUUUGGCCGCAAUGCUAAAACAUGCGACAUUGUUAUAGACACGGAUAGUAUGAAGCGUGUGAGCAAUCUGCACUUUCGAAUCUUUCUCAACCCUGCCGGUGUCCUGAUGCUAGAAGACAUGUCCACCAACGGAACGCUCGUGGACGAAAAGCACCUAAAAGGCAAGAACUCGCCUGUUCCUGCGACGAGGAUGCUACAGGCUGGGUCGAUUAUACAAAUACCUUCAAUUAAGCCGGAUGAGGCGAUCAAAUUCAUCGUUCGAAUACCCUCACGGGACGGAUAUCGAGAUGAGUACACCAGUAACUUGCGCAAAUACCUCAACCGGUUGAGAGCCGCGGAGGAAAAGCACCAGCUUAAUCAUCGAAACAAUCCUAGACGGGCAAGCGUAACGCAAGCAAUGUCAGAUGUUCCACUUUAUGUUCCCUCCAAUAAUUUUGGCAUGAAAUGGGAUGGUGGAGAGCAGUACAAUGUUGUGGGCUUGUUGGGAAAAGGAGCUUUCGCAACGGUGUAUCAGCUUGCUACGAAGAUGGAAGGAAAGCAUUACGCAGCGAAAGAACUCGAAAAGAAACGCUUCAUAAAAAAUGGCCGUCUUGACCAGCGACUGGACAACGAGAUGCAGAUCAUGAAAUCAAUACGGCACGAGAAUAUUGUCCAAUACAUUGGCUACCAUGAUCACGCGGAGCACCUUUAUAUCAUCAUGGAGUACGUGCCUUGCGGUGAUUUACAAGGUUACCUUUCGGAGCAUAAAGUUCUGCCCGAAACGGAGGCCAAGCUUAUGUCGAGACAGGUUCUCGAUGCCCUGCAGUAUCUCCACGGCAAGCAAAUCACUCACAGAGAUAUAAAACCGGACAACAUCCUUAUUGCACAGCACAAUCCGUUUCAAGUGAAGCUCUCUGACUUCGGCUUAUCGAAAGCUGUCAAUACCAAUGAGACAUUCCUCAAGACUUUUUGUGGCACCUUGCUGUACUGCGCGCCAGAAGUUUUUCCGCACUACGAGGAACAUAUGGCUCAAAAAGGGGUGAAACGACGAAGAUCUGGGAACGCCUUUGCGCCCAAGUUUCAUUCUUAUAGCCAGUCCGUGGAUAUCUGGUCGUACGCUGCAGUGCUUUGGCUCUCGAUGUGUGGGAAACCUCCCUUCGAAGGCGUAGUGGAUCAGACGGGCAAGGGCAUGUUCAACAAAAUCAUGGAGACCCGGUUGGAUAUCAAUCCUCUGCUCGCGCACGGAAUCACGCCACAAGCAAUUGAUCUUCUGUGUCGAAUGCUCAACACGGAUCCCUCAAAGCGACCUACAGAAACAGAGUGUCUGCAGCAUCCGUGGCUGUACGACGGGCGACCAGUACUUGCUUCUGAAGCUUCAUUAGGGCCAAUCCACGAAGAUGUUGAAACCGCGCCUACUGUCGAGGGUCAAGCAAGAGCAUUCUCCCAGCUUAGUGUCCAUGACUCGGCCCCUACCGCAGGCGGCGCAAACAGGCAAUUGUCGAAUGUUCAAGAGGAAGAAUACGACGAGCCUUUGCCAGAGUUUGACUCCGGAGAUCUAGAUUUCCUAGACCCUCGACAGUCGAAACGGGUAAGGGCGGAUCAGCUUGUACCACGACACCACGUGCGGGACCAGGCAGCAAUCCCGUCGUCGAGCCCUGAAUCUUCGCCCACCGGCGAACGCAAGGACGAAGAAGGUCUCCCCAUUCCCACUAGGCCACGUCAAGAAAAACCGGCUCGUUAUUUUGGCGAGAUCAGCAAUUCGGCUUUGCAGAGCUCGGGCUUGUUGGGUGAAAGGGCGAUCGAGGCGCUGGAAAUGCCUCCGAGCGACGAGGCGGAGGCUGAGGCGACCAAGUCCAAGAUGUCCCUUGAUCCAUCAAUGGAAAGUUACCAAGCUGCUCAGGGUGACGAUGGUAUUCUCCGCAGUGAUGCAGGGAUGGUCCAUUAUCCCAGUCUUUUAGGGACAGACUCCGAGCUGCGGGAAUUGAACAUGGCCGAUCUACCAAACCAUGAACCAAACACGUCAGGUGAUGCCUCGGAUUCGUUAGACGAGCCGCAGACACCGAAGACGCCGGAUGAGUAUUCGGAAAAUUCGUGCAACACAAAGUCACCGGUCAGUCAACCGAAGUCGGUGUCGAAAGAAGCAACGCCUAGGCAGGAGCACUAUUCCCCAGCUCGCGAGCACACGCAGGUCCCUAGUUCGAUCCCUCUGUCGAUUGUGCCGGCGAACGGAAACAGUCGACCACUUCUAGGUGUUCUAAGGUCUACACCAGAUUCGUUCGCGUCCAUCGAACUCAAGCUCUACAAUCGUCUCUCGCACUGGGGCCGCGACCCAAGCAACACAUUUGUGCACCCUGACAAGUUCGACACGCGUAUCUCUAAGCGCGCGUUCUUGAUCUGGUUCCAUGCUUACGGGAUCGAGAAGGACGAGCGGGAGGGCCGCGAGUGGUGGCGAAAACCCGACAUCCAUACGAUCAUCAACACCAACAGCAGCACCUUCAUCUCCGUCAACGGGGUAAAAUUAACCAGGAAGGACGUCGAUGGAGAGCCCAUGUGCGGACGGCUGUACACAGGCGACGUAAUUGAGGUGUUCAGGGGCAGCAAUCGCAUCACAGGGAGUCAAGAGACCUUGAAGUUCAUGUGCGAGUUCUAUGUUGGCGAGGCGGAGGCACGCAGGCCUGAGGACAUGCCAUUUGUACCAAUCAGAGCGAUCGAACCCUCGCAACCACGACAGAGCUUCUGAGCGGCCUCUGCUUUCUUGCUGAUGGCGACGAGGACGGGGCACCCCUCAUGACUCGCGCCUCAUGGCCCGCAUGCUUUCAAUCCAGGCAAGCACGACGAAAGUCUUAGAAUAUAUCAAAACAACCUAAAACAGCGAUCCUUUCGAAUCCCAGUUUAGCACGGCGUUUCAUGUGUCAGAAAUACACACACACACACUCACACACACACUAUUUGUUUGUCAUGAUCCAACAAGGAGGGGAAGAGGAACAGGAGGAGAAAGAGGAGGAAUGGAGGGCCACAUGUCUCAAGAAUGGAAAGAGCAGAUACGGGCGGAGAAAAGAAACCGAAGUGAUGCUUUCUUCUGGGAUUAGCCUUCGCAUUUGGGUGCUUGAGGCACCGCGUUUGUGAGCACGAUACUUGUGCCAUGGAUAGUCCAAUCGAUAGAGUGGCGCGAUAAUUCUGCUCUGUCUGUACGUAGAACAAAAAUCGAAGACUUCUGCUCGAGACA